UUCUUGGUUACAAAAUACAUAUUUUCAUGUGAAUAUCCUGGUGCUUAACUUUCAGUUAUACAUUAUUUCCUAAAACUACUGUGUCUGUUUAUCGUGAUGGCUGAAAACAAUAGUGAGAAAGAUAAUAAUGCAGAAUUAGAAAGGUUGGCAGCUGAUGAACUUAUAAAAGAAGCAAAAACAUUAGCAAAGAUAGCCAAAGUGGAAGGAGCUUUAGGAUGGAAGAAGAGACGCAUUCUUAGAACUAAUAAAAUUUUCUUACAUCAGACUUUAAAGAGAACUGUUAAUGCUAACAAAAUGAAAAAUACUAUAAAAAAAUAAUUAGAAUCAAUUGAAAAUAUGUAUAUUACAAUAAGUUUAUGAAUGUAAAAUGUAUAAACAUUGUAUAAUUUAUUUAAUAAUUAAGUUAUUUGAAAGAAUUUUCUUUAUUCAA